ACACCACAUGAUAUCACAUGUCAUAUGCAUUGCGUUUGUCUUACAAUUGAUGAGAAAAUGACAGACACUUCUGUGGAUCAGUUUGUUUCACAUCAUUUAAAGCUCAUUGAUUUGGAUCACAACGAAGAAAUCAAUCAAAACAAGUCAUAUCAACAAAAACUAUCACUAAUUGAUCUCCAGAAUCGUGGCAUUUGUCUCAUUAAAUUAUGUAAACAAUCGCUAAGAACUGGUCUCUAUGGCCGCACAGUUGUUACGUUUGGUCCCAUGUGGUCAUCACAAGAGUUGCCUUCAAAUACUAUAUCAAACGGUGAUAUUGUUGGCGUAUCCGUCGGUAAAGACUCUUUAAUCAUUGCCUCCGGAGUUGUGCUUAAAAUUAUUGACACGAAAUCAAUUGACGUGGCUUUUGAUAGAGAUAUUAAUGAAAUUAAUGAAUACGAAGAUAACCAACGAUUUAAUUUGAUUAAACUGUCUAACGAUGUGACUCAUAGAAGACUUAAAACAUCUCUUAAUGAACUGAAUAAGAGUUGUCAUCAUUUGAAGAAUGUCUUAUUUGGCGAAACAACGAUCACUGAUAGUAGUGAUGAAGUCUAUAACGAAAUAAAUUAUUUUAAUUCAAAUUUGAAUGCAUCACAAAAAGAUAGCAUUGAAUUUGCUUUAAAGCAGAAAGAAGUGGCCAUAAUUCAUGGCCCGCCGGGCACUGGAAAAACAACUGUUUUGAUUGAAUUCAUUAUGCAAUGCGUCUGUAACUAUGGACUCAAAGUUUUGGCAACCGGUCCAUCAAAUGUAAGCGUUGAUAAUUUGGUGGAAAAGUUAAUUCAGACAAACAUUGAACGAGAUAUUGUCCGACUCGGACAUCCCGGCCGUUCUGUCUCUCAUUUGCAUAAAUACUCUUUAGAUGCCGUCAUCGGACAAUCAGAUGAUUAUAAGAUAGUAUGUGAUAUGAGAGAAGAGCUACAAGAGUUGGUUACUAAACGUAGCAAUUCUUACAACGAAAUGAAAAUUUUAAGAAAAGAUCUCAAACAGAGAGAGAGAAAAGUCAUAAAACAAAUUCUAGAAAAGAAAAAAGUAGUUUUAACAACACUUACUACCGGUUCUCCCGACGGUGUCUUAAGAAAUAUACUAAAUUCUGAUGGAUUUUAUCCUUUUGAUGUCAUUGUGAUUGAUGAGUGUUCACAGGCUAUAGAAGCUUCGGCGUGGAUUGUCUUGAAUUGUGGUCAUAAAUGUGUAUUAGCUGGAGAUCACUGUCAAUUACCACCGACUAUAAUAUCCGAAAAGGCAGCAAAUGGUGGUUUAAAUAUUUCAUUAAUGGAAAGAUUAAUAAAACAAUUUAAUGACAAACAAAUUGUACGAAUGCUUGACAUUCAAUACAGAAUGAACGACAAAAUAAUGAAUUGGUCUUCAGAGCAAUUUUAUAACAAUAAAUUAAAAGCUAACCAAUUGGUUAAAGAUCACAAUCUCAAUGAUUUAAUUAAAGCAUCAAAUAUUCCUCCUCUAGUAUUGAUAGAUACUGCAGGAUGUGAUAUGAAUGAACUCGAUCUCGAAGAUGAAGAAUCAAAAGGAAAUGAAUAUGAAGCCGAUAUCGUCUUAAUUUAUGUCAAACGUCUUAUUCAAAUAGGAUUCUCUCAGACAUCAAUUGGUAUAAUAAGCCCAUAUAACCUACAGGUGCAGCUUAUUAGGACACGACUUCAUGAGUAUCCAAAAAUUGAAAUCAAAUCAGUGGAUGGAUUUCAAGGUCGAGAAAAAGAAAUAAUUAUUUUGUCUUUUGUUCGAUCAAAUGACUUGCAAGACAUUGGUUUCCUUUCUGAAAGAAGACGUAUUAAUGUUGCCAUAACUCGUGCCAAACGACACGUAACACUGAUCUGUGAUUCUGAUACUGUAUGUAAUGAUUCAACAAUAAAGUCAUUGAUUGAUCACUUCCAUGAAAAUGGAGAUAUUAUUUGUGCUCAAGAAUUUAAAUCAGAAAUGCAAAAUAUAACACAAUUUUCGAGACCAUUAAAUUUAAGGUUUAAAACAAAUGAAAUUAAUAAAUCAAAUCAAAAAAGCAUUCAAAAACAAAAUUCUAAACAAAGUAUCGGUAAUAAAAAAAAUGAGAAAUCAAUAAUUACAUCAAAUGUUAAGUCAAUUAUUCAGACAAAUAUUAAUGAGAAGUUGGAUGAGAAAAGAGAGUCAGAAAUUGAAAUGAAAAUUCAAUUAUUUAUUUCAGACAAAUCUUCUAAUGAAUUAUCAUUUCCAUCUCAUUUGUCUUCUUAUGAGAGACUUUUGGUUCACAAAAUUGCCGAAACAUUUCAAUUAAUUCACGAAAGUGUUGGCGAAGGAAAUGAAAGGUAUAUUAUUGUUAAGAAAAAGUUGUCGAAUAAAAGUCUAAAUAAAGAACAUAAAACUGAAAAGUCUAUUGUCGUCGCGGAUCAACUUAAUUGUGAUUUAAAUGCAACAAUAGCUAGUGGUAGUAGUGAACAAAAGAAUAAUUGGAUUAAAAAAGAUAGUGUAAAGUCUAAGACAACAAACAAUGAAAGUGAGAAAAAAGCAAAGAAAAACAAUAAAAGUAGUGAUUUAAAGAAAAAUAUUAAUUUGUCAGCUGAUGAUGACUUGGAUCAAAUGAUAGCCAAAGUGAAAUUAGCUGACAAUACUUGUAAUUAUUUAAAUUGUAAGACGAAUAUAGUUGUUUUAGGACAAAAAUGUCAGUUUUGUGGCCACAGAUUCUGUUUAAAGCAUGCAAUGCCUGAAAUUCACGGAUGUGGGGAUAAAAUCAGAGAUUUUGUCCGAUCAAACACUAGAAAAGAUGGUAUCGUUUAUCCCGGUUCAGGAGUUAUACAAAGAAAACCAUUGGAUUCACAUAAACGACAAUAUUUGGAGAAGAAAUUGAACGAUAAAUUAAAUGAAAAAUCUAAAGAACGCAAAACUAAGACAAAAUCAGAGAAAUGAUUCAUAUAAUUGUUAAUAACUAUUAGUU